AUGGAAAGUAUUAUUAUAAAAUAUCUCCAUUUGAAGGACGUAUGUAAUUUAAUUCUUGUUAAUAAAAAAUGGAAAGAUAUUAUUUCUAAUAUUACCACUAACCCCAAUAAUGACGAGUUAAAGAAAGAACUCAAAAUCUUUCCAAAAGUCGAAGAAAUUCAUGGCGAAAUCGAAGAAAUAGAAGAACUAAAAGAUUUAGUAAAAAGGAGUAAAGCAUUUUAUAUUAAAUAUAAAAGUUGUUAUUUAACUCAAUACGAUACAGAGUUUGAAAUUAGAAACAAAAUUAAAUUUAUUGAAUCUACUACAAAUUGCCUUUCACCUUUCAACGGAUUAUUAGGGAUGACUAAAUUAGAAGUUAUUAAAAUACAUAUUUAUUUUGAUGAGGUUGAUAGUGAUGAUGAUGACAUUACAACAUUUAAAUCAUUCUUUUUAAAUUUAAAGCAAUUAACUUCUUUAAAAAAGGUAAUUGUUUAUUGUCAUUAUUAUGAUGUUUUAACAAUAAUUUCUAUGAUUAAUCUUUCAUGUGAAAUUCUUUUAUAUGUUGAUGAAUGGUUUUGUUACAAUAAUGACAAAUUAAAUAAACAUUUGAAAUUUAAGCCAAAUAUUAAAAUAAUUACUUUUAUUAAUAAAUCAUCUUAUCCUCUUAUUCAAUUACCAAUAAAAAAUACUUAUAUUAUUAAUAUUAUAUUCUUUAAUCAAUAUUUUCUUUUAGAGUCUUUCCUUAAAUCAUAUCAACCAAUUCAUCUACGUAUUGAUUGUAUGAAUAUUCAAGAAUUUAAUGAUAAAUCAAUAGAUAAUCUUAAAAAAUCUACAGUUAAAAGUAUUCAAUUAGAUAAUAUUAGAAAGAUUCCUAAAAUAUUACAAAAUACUUCUAUCACAAUUUCUCUAUCACAAAUUUAA